UUCUGCACUAAAUGAGGAGCCCUGUCCUAUAAAAACACUGGACAAGGGCUUGGCCACCACAUUGAUUAUACUGGAUCUGUCCCACCUCAGUACAGAGUGCGGUGAUCGACAGCAGCCAUGAAUCCGCAGGAGCAGUUGGAGCAGACGGGGAAGUUUAGGAUGACCGUGUUCGAGGAGGAAUACUUCCAGGGCAAGAGCUGUGAAUUCAGAUUUGAGUGCCAGAACAUUCUGGACAGAGACUUCAGAAAGAUUCGCUCCAUUAAGGUGGAGAACGGCCCCUGGGUGGGGUAUGAGUAUCCCGAGUUCCAGGGCCAGCAGUUUAUCCUGGAGAAAGGAGACUAUCCCUGUUACCAGGCCUGGAGUGGCAACAGCAGUUACAGAACAGAGCACAUGCUCUCUUUCAGACCUAUUAAAUGUGCUAACCACAGUGACAGUAAGAUUACCCACUAUGAGUGUGAAGACUUCAUGGGACGUAAAUUUGAGAUGUGUGAGGAUUAUCCCUCCCUUCAAGCCAUGGGUUGGUGCAGCAAGGAAGUUCCCUCAAUCAAAGUCAACUCUGGAGCCUGGGUAGGCUAUCAGUUUCCCGGUUACCGUGGAUAUCAGUACAUCUUUGAAAGGGACAGACACCAAGGAGAGUACAGAUGCUACAAGGAGUACGGCACCCAGGCACACACCAAUCAGAUCCAGUCUAUGCGCAGAAUUCAGCAUUAAAACCCAACACCACUGUGUACACCAUGUCAUGCCGUGUCAAUACUAUAGGCAAUAAAGACAUUAUAUAAACUAUA